GGGAGAGGUAUGGGGGCGAGCACGUCAUUGUUUUGAGGCUAGUAGGGACGGUGUGUUGGCGAAACGUCAGGGUGGUAGGAAGAGUCUAAACCGUGAAUGCGGCUAGAGAGCUGGGCAACUGCGGAAGGAGGCGAGGAAACGGCCCACGGCAGCCAGUAUACCCCUACCCGCCGCUAUCCGUGCGGCAAUCUAUGGACAAUGUGAGCCACCGGGGAUGCAACUGCAACGUUAAUACUAUUCACAUCUAAAUCGGACCUUUAACAGACUCGACCAUGGCCACAGAUAGCUGUCUGUUUCUGUGGUCUGAUCAGUGUGUCUUUGUGUGUCCUCUCUCCUUCACAGUCACCCCAGAGGCCAUCGGCUUCCUGUCUGCGGUGGGUGUCUUUGUGGUGUUUCUGGCCGUCCUCUUCCUCUUCAUCAAUAAGAAGCUGUGUUUCUCCCGCGUUGGGGGUCUGCCCUGUCUGGAGCAGCACGGUCGCGGGAAACGCUCCCGCAACAGGCCCGGAGUCCGCCAGGGGCUGGUGAACAGUUACGGGGAUGGUGAGGAUCAGUCCAGCUCGUCGGAUAGUGAGGACGAGGUAGCGAAGCAGUUUGAGAUCUCAGUGUCUCGCUCUCAGAGCUUCCGCUCUACAGGGACCACCGAGGUUGUAGCCCAGGCUGCACCGGGAAAACGCCACAAGUUCACCCGCCUACUCUCUGACCAGGAGGAGGGCAGCACAGAGCCCUCAGACUGCGAAGACGUGGACGGAGACCUGAGCAGGCUGAGUUACCAGAACCCCCUGUCAUACGGGGAUGAGAAGCGGGGCUCCCUGGGGUCCCAGGAAAUGGCUGAGGUGCUGGACGGCCCACCACGGGAGGGCUCGCUGGACACAGGGGGCAGCCCGGCCCCCAACAUGAGUCGCCAGGCCACCGAGGGGAGCCUUGAGAUGGAGACAGCCGUGGACAACCAGGGUGACGACAACAACGACCCUACAGACAGCUCCUCCACAUGGAGCCCAGAGCAGGAGCAUCUUCCUGUAGAGGAGGUCCUCCCUUGCCCCCCCAGCUCCACCUCACGCCCCCCUAUCACCAAAUGUGGUGACCUCGAGAUCACCCUGGACUACAAAGCCGCCUCUCAGAAGCUGUUUGUUACCGUUGUGACCGCGCGGGACAUCCCAGACAAAGGGCGCAGUGGGAUGGACUCGUGGCAGGUGCAUGUGGUCCUGCUCCCAGCAAAGAAGCAGCGCCAUAAGACCUCCGUCCAAAAGGGGUCCGUGCCCGAAUUCAACGAGACCUUCCGCUUUUCACACCUGGAGCCUUCUGAGCUGGGUACCUCUGCCCUGCGCUUCCGGCUCUACGCCCUGGGGGGCCGGAUGUCCCGCGAGCGCAUGAUGGGGGAGAAGGUGGUCCGCCUUGAGGGGCUGAGCCCAGAGGGGGGAGAUAUGGACACCACGCUGGUGCUGGAGCCCCGCAGCAACAUGAAGAGUGUUGACUCUCAGGUCAGUCUAGCUGGGGUGUCCCAGAGUGACAGUGCGUCCUCCACUCAGUCUCUAACCCACGGGGGCGUCCCUGAGCUGCUGGUGGGCCUGUCCUACAACGCCACCACCGGGCGCCUCUCUGUAGAGCUCAUCAAGGGAAGCCACUUCCGCAACCUUGCCAUUAACAGGCCGCCCGACACCUAUGGGAAGCUGACUCUGCUCAACUCAGUGGGCCAGGAGAUCUCCAGGUGUAAGACAUCAGUGCGGCGGGGGCAGCCCAACCCCGUCUACAAGGAGACCUUUGUGUUCCAGGUUGCCCUGUUCCAGCUGUGUGACGUCACCCUCAUGGUGUCCAUCUACAGCCGCCGCAGCAUGAAGCGUAAGGAGAUGGUGGGCUGGCUCGCCCUGGGCCAGAACAGCAGCGGGGAGGAGGAGCAGCUGCACUGGCUGGACAUGAAGGAGUGUAAAGGCCAGCAGGUCUGUCGCUGGCACGUCCUCCUGGAAGCCUAGAAGCCAGGAUGGAGAGGAUAGGAUGGGAAGCAAAUCCCCACCACUUACCCAGUCACUUAGGGCCCAAUUCCGACUUCUUAUGCCUUUUUCUUACUCAUCGCUUUCCUACGCACUUCUCAGUAGUUGGUAUUCAGACGUACCUUAUGAAGGUGGGAACAGGGAUUUGCAGGUGUGGUUCCCUUGCACGUGCUGAAUGAAUGUAAUUCUACCACUGAAACCUACGCACUUCCUGGCCAACAGAUUUUCUUGUGGAGUUUUCAUUCAAUCGGGUUUUCUGUACAUUUAUCUUGAACCAUCCUUUUAAAUACCAUCCUUUCAAACCUUUAAGUUUGAAUUUUGUCCACAGACUCACUAGAAUAUAUAGUGAGAACGGUUUCAGAAUAUUAGGGAUCAAUGAAAGAAAGCCAUCUAAAUAUGCACCAUCUAAAUAUAUGCAUAUUCGUCUCUGUUUCAGCACCAAAUGGUAGAUUUAAAAAUACUCUGAUCUUGUAGAUUAUUUAGUGCUAGGAAAGUAUUUAUGAAUCAUAAAAAACAGGUUUGGAGAGCCUUUAUGCACGAAAGAAAGAAAACGGUGGUUUGAUUCAUUCUUAAAAUUGUUAACCAGUGGUAAUGUUGGAAGAUUAGUGCUCCGUAAUGAUUUAAUUAGCCUACAUAUAUAUUUUUAUAUUAUCAACUGUUACUAAUGAUCCUCAGCAACAACCACACAGCCGUGGCAGCGUUUACAGAGGAAGCAAACGAAGGUCAACGAAACAAUGUAUUUAAAUGGAAUGAUAAUGUAGGCUAUAGCAAUUGAGGGAACUAACAGUAAAUUGGCAGGAGAAUGUGUGUUAUUAGGAUUACUGACAGUCAAUGCUGAUAGUGUCUAAUAUUUAACAUGAUAGAAAUAGGAGACAGAGAAAGUUGAGGUAGCCCAUCCCUGCAAGUUAAAAGGCAGUACAAUUAAAAGUCUGCAUAAUGGCCCAGCAUUUCAUCAACUUUACAGUGGGAAAGUUGAUAUGUUGAUAUGCUUCAGUUUGCUACCAUAUGACUGGUUUCACAUUUGUCCCUCAGUGACUAUAAGGUAGAAUAUAUCUAAAACAAGUGUAGUUUAUAUUUACAAUUUCCUUAUCCAAACAGUUUGCUCAUAUACCUAGCUCUUAUCAAUAGCUCUUAUCAAGUUGUAAAUUAAAGUGCAUGGAAAAUGGUGUUAUUUAUUUUGGAAAAAAUUAAGUAGAUGCUUUUUCCACUUGGAAACGGCAGGUUCGCUAGACCUUAUACAUAGUUUCCUUGCGCGCAAAAUUGAUUCAAUUAUUAUAGGGAAUUAAGUCAAGGUCAGAAUAUCGCUUAUCAGUAGACACACAGAAUAUUGCGUAUCAGUAGACACACCUCAGCCACACCUUACUUUAGUCAAUCUCCACCCUGAACGAAUAGCAGGUGAAUAGCAUGCUAUUCUCAUGUUUAAUUUCAAGGUCAGAAUACGCAUAGAGAGACAAGUGCAUAAAAAGGGAAUUCCAUUCCAUUUACACACUCUUCACUCGGGUUGGAAUCGGGCCCCUAGUUACUAAACUGGUUGUUCCUGGUAAGUGGAGGGAGUUAUCCUGUCUCCAGUCCCCAGACAGACACCUGCUCUGUGUAGGCAGGAGAGCCUCAACACAACUACUGCGGCCCCAUCAUGACUACAAUCUGCAACCUACAGCUCCACACACCUGUUUACACCAUUGAUGAGCAAAGAAGGAUAUCACAUAGCAAAAAAAAAACACAAAAAAAGUGCUUCAAUUAUGCCGAUAUGGAUAUACAGAAAAGAUCAAUUGUUGCAUUUAUUCUAUGGGUUUUUAUAAGUUUAAAUUCAGAAAAGGUUAUUGAGUAUUGGUUUCAACUAUAGUUACAUUGUGUUGUCACAGACAGCGAGAAGUUUGGUUGGUCUUCUCUGUAUAGCCGCUAUGAAGAUGUCAAACAUUGUAUCAUACAAAAAUGACUAUACUGUUAUGAUUGUCCAAGGACAGUGGUUUUUGAUGAAUUACUAUUGUACUUUAUUCAGCCACACUUCAAGGUGAAGAAAACAAAUAUUUUAGAAUGAUUUCUUCCUUUAUGAGGGAAAGGGAGACUGAAAUCUUUGUUCUUUUGUAUCAUUCCAAACAUACAUUUAAUCAUUUGGAUUUCAAAACCGUUUUGAUAGAUUUCUUCCUGCUUUCUACUUUUCUAGGUUUUGAAACUGUAUAGUUCAGGGUAAUUUCACAUUGAAUGAGCAUGCUUUCUGUCCUUUAUCACACGUGUAUCUUCAUCUACAACUUUUACUCCUCCUCUACUACUGUAAGACAUGACCUGCUCUCAGACAAGCAACUGAAGGACUCUUUAUUACUCUUUAUAUUACUCUAUUUGAUGAGAACAUCUGUCCACUCUGUCUGACAGAUUCAAUCUCUUCAUUUAGUGGCCCUUUCUUAGUGACUUCCCAGGGUAAAGUUCAUUUCAACUGCCAUCCAUGCUGAGCUGAAAAGAGGCUUUAAAUAUCCCAGUGCAUCUGUUAAUAAUAUCAUGCCAUGAAUGACCCUCCCAAGCAGUGUAUUAUUUGUCUCUGCUCAUUGGUAGUUUCAGUCCUUGGACCGUACAGUGUGAUGAUGAAGAUGAUGCUGAUGCUCAUGGCCAAGUCUGCCUCAGCUUCAUUAUAUCCUAUGGCAGUAGCUGCUUUUGGGUGAUUACACUUAUUACACACCCUAGGUCAAGGGAUUCUCACACCAAGGAGGAUAUUUUAGAGCAACUGUAUUCCUACUGAGCAUAUUUUGCAAAGCACCUCUGGACAGCAGUUUACUGGUCUUCUAGUCCACUGGUCUUCAACCUUAGUGUACCUACAGUUCAGUCAGUAUCUGGCUUGUGGACUCCUAUGGGGCCUGUCUGAUUAACUCUAUCUAAGCAGUCAUUGAUUGUUCAAUGAAGUACUGAGGUGGAAUGUAAAUCAGUAUUAUUCUCUGCUAUUUGAGUUAAUUAUCCAUGGUCCAUGACCUGUGGGGUGUUAUGGAGCAUUGAACCUGCAACCUUCACAACCACUCUGUUUUCCUGGAUAGACAAACAGAUGUAAUUAGGUCCCUUGGGUUGCAUAGGGGAAUCAUACUCUUAGUCAAAACACCAGGGUUUGACUCAAUUUGAGAGCUGUGCUACAUAUGAAAAUGUCCAUUUCCUCCAAUCAAACUAAUCACCCCUACAUCACAUGUGGAAUUCUUCCAAUGAGAAGAAUGGAUGGAGAAAUAUAUUUGAGCUUCCUUGGAACUGAGUGGCUGUCUUAGAAUUGCCCAGGUUGGUCAAACGUUUACAUUUGUAUCAAAGGUUAAAACCACUUUUUUUCACUUUUAGCGAGAACAUUGACUUAGUAAGUAACUGAUUCAGGGAAGAGUAUAGCACUGCGUUUGAUGAUGAUCUUUUCAUUACAAGAUGACAAACUAUGGAUGCCACAGUUGGAGAGACUUUCCUCUGCUCUGUGGAUGAACUAGCCUAACCUGAUAUGACUGGUAGGUGCAGUUCAUGUCAUGUUUAUAACACGGGUUUGUAACGGUUAAUGAUUUGACCAAUGAUUCCAGAAUGACCAUUCCAUUGGUAAGAUGUUAUUUACUGUACAGGCUGAACCAAUUAUGAUGUAUUGUAUGCAUGUCGAGAUUUGCUGUACAUGAUCCCUCUAUAUUUUUGACUUUUUAAAUGUUCAAGAUGCCCUCUGAAGUAUAUGUUACUACUACAGCAUGCUAGCUUUCAGCUUCCACACAGUGAGAUUCUAAUGAAGUGCCUGUAUCGUAAGGGUAAGAGUUGAUGCCUGUAUGGGGUGAAAUUGAUAGAUGCAUAAAAUAGAAAUACAUGCAUAAAAAUGAGCAUGAGUGUAUAGUCAACCAUGUUUAAUGUUCCUGUGAGAUGCAGCUGUAUGCACGGACUGUUGAUUUGUUCUCAUGCCUAUAUACACAGUGCCUGCACCAUGCAUGCAAAGAAUGACAAUGACAUAGAUAGUACUUUUGCACAUACUGGUCGUAUUAGUUUUGUUCUUGCUGAUAAAAUAAAGAUCCAUGUUGUAGUAAAA